AUGGACAUCAAUUCGUUACUUUCGCCACAGGAAUCGAAUUCCCAGUCGGGACGCUCGACGCCCGGCUCUGCGCCAACUUCCGCACCAUCGUCCGGCCCAUCCCAAAAAGGUUUUCGGCGAGGCGGUCGCGCGACUGGUGGACGGGGAGGAAUGACCUCGUCUCCGCUUGCGCAGCAUGUUCUCGCUCCGCCAAAUAUCCCCGAACCAUCCCCUCCCGCUGUGAGUCCGUCAGUUGGUCCGAACAUGGGAGGAGGAAGUGGAACCCCCCCAGCGACUGAACUGCCCCCGUCUCGACAACCUUCGACUCCGGGAAUGGAUACAUUGGCGGAUUUGGCAUCAAUGCAGCAUCACCAGCCGCCCCGCUCAAACGCUCCGAUCCUGCGAGGGGAAUCCUACGAGAGCCAGCUUUCUCCGUCGACGAUGUUCCCGAACGUGAAUCCUAUCGUGCAUAACACUCCCACCCCGCGUUCGUCCUUCGAUAUCGCAAUGUCUGAUGGCCCGAAGAGGGAUUACGCGAAGACGUCUAUCAAAUCCGACGCGCAACUUGCGACCGAGCUUUUUCAACAGAUCCAAGAGAAUCCCCACUCGUAUACCGCGCACGUUAGCUUUAUUCGGCUUUUGCAUGCCGGUUUCAUGAACCACGUCUAUCCUCCAAACAAUCCGGAAAUUCACGGCGACCCGCAUCGGUACGAUUUGCUCAAAGACAUGAGGACCGCGCGCGAGGAGAUGGACAAGUUGUUUGCUAUGGGCGAGGAUCUCUGGGCUGAGUGGAUUCAGGACGAAAGUAUGCUGGCAAGCAACGUGAACGAGCGUAUCGCAGUUAUGGAUCUCUGCCAACGGUCCGUUGAGGAGGAAUACGGGAGUACGAAACUGUGGAGCAUUUACGGAGAAUGGGUUCUAUAUCUUUACAACGCCGCCAAUGGGGAAGCUGGUCAUAGCCAAUGGACGGAGGAGGACCGAAUGAUUGGUCGCGAGGUUUUCACAUUCCAACUGGUCCUGGACGUUUGGCAGAGAGGUGCGGAGGCAACUCGAUGGAGGAUCAAUGACAGCCAUUUGGUCUGGGAUCGGUUCCUCGAGCUUCAGAUCCGUGAACUCUCGCACGUUCCAUCGCAGGAGAAGCUCAACCAUGUGCGUGGGCUGUUUGAAGUCCGACUUCACACACCCCACGCUACCUGGGAGCAGACGUUCCAGGCAUUUUCGAGCUUUGUCUCGACGUACUACAAUGCCAAUUACGAGGAGAUCAUGUCGAAUACAGCAGCGCAUACAUCGGAAGCGAAGAACAAAUACAGAGCUCGUGAGGAUAUCGAAAUCCGCCUCCGCAAUGUGGUGGAAGCGGGCGACAUGGCGCAGGAAUGGGCUGUUUAUACAGAGUAUUUGGAUUGGGAACUCAGCCGGAAUCGGCGCCGACGCCAGUUCAGUUUCGAUUUAGUCAACGCUGUCUACCAACGUGCCGUCUUGCGGUUUCCCACCGAUGCCAAUAUGUGGGAAGACUAUGUGAUGUUUCUCAUCGAUGAAUCCACGCAUAAGAAUACCAACAUGACCACGACAUCCACCCUCGAUCGCGCGACACGCCACUGUCCGAGCUCCGGUACGCUCUGGUCGCAAUAUCUGCUCAGCUCAGAACGCGAAUUGCAGUCCUUCUCCAAGAUUGCCGACAUCAAGCACAAGGCUACAAGCACUGGUUUGCUCGAUGUGGGCGGAAUGGAGGAGGUGCUCAAAGUGCACACGACGUGGUGCAGUUAUCUCCGCCGGCGGGCCUUUGCGACUGACUCUACUGACGAGGAUAUUGAUGUUGCCGAGGUUGGUAUUCGCUCUGCUAUUGAAGAUGUUCAGGACCUUGGCGAGAAGAAGUAUGGCCGGUCGUACCAGGGAGAUCCGUUAUUCCGUCUCGAGCGGAUCUAUAUCCGUUAUCUGAGUGAAAGUGGCAGCUGGGAUAGCGCACGGGAGACGUUCAAGGGCCUGGUAGGACGUCGUGGCAAUAGUUAUGAGUUCUGGCUCACUUACUACUCGUGGGAGCUGAUUUCGUGGAGCAAGUUUGUGCAAGGCGACUCGACUGCCGAUGCAGCUCGAAGGACACCCAAUCCGUCGUUUGCCACCGCCGUUCUGAAACAGGCGAUCAAGCGCACUGAUCUGGACUGGCCCGAGAAGAUUAUGCAGGCCUACAUUGCCCAUUGUGAAGACUAUGAAGAUUCGGAUGAGCUGCAGCUGGCAAUGCUGGCGACACGUAAGGCCACGAGAGCCGUCAAUGCUCGCCGCGAACGCGAGGCCAGAGAAGCCGCCGCACAGCAAGAAGCCCUGGUUCAGCAGGCAGCGGUGUUGGCCGAACCCGUUCAGCAAGAGAAACGGAAACGGGAAGAUGAGGCUGAAUCGAACGGUUUGCCUGAGCAGAAAAAGGCGCGCGCAGAGGAGCCAGUACCAGUCGUCAAGACCGAACCGCAGCCCGAGCCCGAAUCUGUUCCUCUACGACGCGAUCGCGAGAAUGCGACCGUUAUUGUUAAGAAUCUGCCUCAUCAUAUCACGGAACAUCGGGUGCGGCAGUUUUUCAGACAUUACGGAAACAUCAAUGGAGUCAAGAUGCUGCCCGGCGAGGACGGAAAUUCAGAAGUCGCCAUAAUCGAGUUUGAUACCAAGGAUGAAGCCCUCAUGGCGCAGACUCGUGAUCAGAAAAUGAUCGACGAAAACACCAUUCAAGUGCAGCUCGGAUCUGGCUCGACGCUAUAUGUUACUAACUUCCCACCCUCUGCUAAUGAGGAAUAUAUCCACAAUCUGUUCCGUGGUCAUGGCGAAAUCGUCGACAUUCGUUGGCCAUCACUGAAAUACAAUACUCACCGGCGUUUCUGCUACGUGCAAUUUAGGGACCCCAUCCAAGCUCGUAAAGCCACGGAACUCGACGGAUCGAAAGUUGGUACAGACCAGCAACUCGUCGCUAAGAUUUCGGAUCCCGGCCGUAAACAAGAGCGUCAUGGUCCUAUGUACGAGGGGCGGGAGCUUCAUGUGUCGAAUAUCGACUGGAAGGCUAGUGAAGAUGAUGUUAAGGAGGUGUUUUCGAAGUAUGGUACUGUGGAAUCGGUGCGCAUUCCGAGGAAGGUUGAUGGUGGGAGCAAGGGCUUUGGCUAUGUUGUGUUUUCUUCUAAGGAUGAAGCAAAUGCGGCGCUUGCCAUGCAUCAACAGGAAUUCCGUUCUCGACAACUACAAGUACAGCUAUCCAGUCCCCAAGGUGUGAAGCGCAGUUCCACGACUAUCGUCAACCGUGUUGGAGAUUCGCGGUCUCCGUCUGUCGAAGCCAACGGCAGAUCCGACCCAGAGGCACCGACUGGCGAACGCGCGGCUCGAACGCUUGGUUUGAUGAAUGUCCCCGAUACCGUUAACGAUGCACGGAUUCGCGCACUGGCGGAGUCAUAUGGCAAACUUGUCAAAAUUGUUCUGCGACCCGACCAUCAAGGUGCGAUUGUAGAAUAUGCGGAUGUGCACACUGCAGGGAAAGCUUCAUUAGAAUUGGAGGGUCAGGAGAUUGCGCCUGGGCGCCCAUUGCAUGUUGGAACGGUCCCGGAGAUGCUGAAGCAGUCCGCGGAGAGGAAGAACACGCGUGUGACGCACUCAACUCUAUCCAAGGAGAAGAACAACACGGGAGUCCUUGCUCCGCCCAGCGCGGUUAGGCGGCCACAACAACCCGGACGUGGUAGCGGAAGGCGCGGUGGAUUAGGCGUGAAGCGCGGAGGAGCGUCAACACAGGCGCGCAACGAAGUUGCAGAAGGCAAAGGCAACGGCAGUAACAAUGGCAUGACGACAACGACAGAAACAGCUCCCCCGACCGAGGGAGGAACAACGACGACGAAGAGCAACGACGAUUUCCGUGCGAUGAUCCAGCGGAAUCAACAAAGCCAAGGUCAAGCGGAGUGA